AUGGUGUACGACACGGCUCGGCCCUGGCUCGUUCCUCUUCAACUUCCUUUGAUGGAGUUCCCCUCAAUGGCGGGCCUCGACUUCAAACCUGCACCUCCAGGGCAGGGUGACUCAAGAGUUGUGAACGGCACAGAAGCGGGAGAUAACGAGUUUCCUUUCAUGGCUCAAUAUGUCCGUUACGGUGUACCAGAAUGCAGCGCUACAAUCAUCAACGAAUACUGGGUGAUGACUGCUGGUCACUGUGUGGAUGGAAAGGAGAUCCGCGUGUCCGAUGUUCGAGCCGGUACCAACAGUGUGAGAAAUGACACUGGAGUACUCAUCCACGUCAGCGAAUUCGUCUUCCGCGAUAAUUACCAUUACGACUACAUAAACGACGUAGCUCUGAUUAAGCUGGUGCAGCCUCUCACCUUAGGACCCACAGUACAGCCCGUCCCUCUACCGGAACAGGGUCAGCAGACUCCUGGCGGGACCAUAGCCACUGUGGUCGGAUGGGGAGCUACAGAGUCCGAAUCUUCAGCUGAAACACUGCGGAAGGCUGACAUCCCGGUGUGGUCUGAUGCGGACUGCCAGGAGGCGUACGCAGGCUACGAGUACCAGGUUCUAGAGGAGGACAUCUGCGCCGGGAUGCCUGAAGGAGGCAGGGGGCAAUGUAGCGGAGAUGGAGGAGGACCCUUGUUAGUGAACGGAACUCAGAUCGGUAUAGUCUCGUGGUCCAGGAAACCCUGUGUUACCAAAGGAUCUCCUGGCGUGUACGUUGAAGUUUCGUACUACGUCGACUGGAUCAAAGAGAAGACAGGGAGAGCUUAA